GGGCAAACGAGCCCUAGCCGUUCGCCAUUGCACAGCUCGCAGUCUCUCUCUCUCUCUCUCUCUGUUCUAUCCAGAGGUGGAAAAUGGAGGCCAUUGAGAAAUGUGAUGUGAUGGUGUACAUGAAGAUCUUCAAGUUUCCAUAUAAGUUCUGGCAUUGUGGACCCGAAAAAGAGUUCUUUAUAUAUGCCCACGAGUGGAGAGGUUACUACACGUUCUGGCAGGCCUUCAAAUUCACUCUUCAAUGAUCAUGGGCAGCUUGUACCUCAGAGGCCACGACCACCUCCUUUUUUCCCAGAAAACCAUCAUUAUGUUGACAAUUUUGGUCCUUUUGUUGAAACUCAGAGAACUGCUGUAUCUCCCCCUGUAUGGGGUAACCAGGCAAAGUUGCCAGGCAAUUUUAGCAACUCAUGGACUCGCCAAGAGCAACCUGCAGUCUUACCUUAUGAUUCUAGAAAAAAAAUUUGCAACCAAGAAUGUGGAUGCUCAGGCUACAAAAAGAACCAGGUCCCCACCUAUACCAUCUGUGUAUGAAGUUUCUCAGGAAAAUUCUCAUCUUAGUCGAAAUGACAAAAUUCAAGCUGUGCUUGAGGCAGGUGUCUGUCCAUGGCUUGUGGAGCUUCUGUUUUAUGUUCCUAUUUGCUUCAUACUUCUUCAUUGUGACAUUGAUUUUAAAUUUGGUAUGUCUUUUAGUUUUCUAGAAUUAGUUCUUCAAAAAAAAUUCUCUUUUUUUUUGCAAAUUAGUGGAAUUUUUUUUUUCUCUGGGCUAAAUGUCAUCAUGUGUUAUUCUCUUUAUAGUGGUCAGAUUUGUAAAAGCAGUACUAACUAACUAACUAAAUUUUGUUUUUCACAAAUCAUCCAUCGCCUACAGUUCUUGUACUCGCACUUAGGACAGUGGGAAACAUUGUUAAUGGUGAUGAUGCCCAAACUCAGGUAAUAAUGAUUUCUACUUCCGUACUAUUAGUUCUUACCAUAAUAUUAGUUUGAUGCAAUAUUUUCAAUUCUUCAUAUUCAUUCACUGCAUUUCUGUACUAAUACCAACAUCGAAGAUGAUAUUCUUGUAAUCAAUACAAUUACCAUAUUUGUUAAUAUAUUACAACUUAUUGUAGUAGAUUUGUUUUGGCAUUCUGGUAGUGAAAAAAGAUGGAUGGAAAAGGACUUCCUAGAGAAGGCUUCUGAUUCUUUUUUUUUUUUUAUCAACAAAAAAAAAAAUUAUUGAUAAAUCAAAAAAGGAACGAGGAGAAGGCUUCUGGCACGGAUAAGAAUAGAAAAUUUGGUUUUACUAUUUGGCAGCCCUGUUUUUUUUAUUUGAACUUCUUGUUAAUCAUUCUUUAUGAAAGUGAAAUAAUGAAAGAUUUUUACUUUGCUUCUUGUACUAGAAAAGCUGAAUGCUGAGAUCAUUUUUAAAAAAUAAAUUUAGCACGUAAAACUGCAUUUUAUAGGAAUGAGAGUGCUGAGAAAGAUUGAAAUUCACUCUCUCUCUCUCUCUCUCAUUUGUUUGACAUUGACAAACUUUAUAUACUUCUCCCCCACAUGAGAAAUUAAUUCUUUUAAUUUGUUUUAGUUUGUGAUUGACAACCAUGUCCUCCCUUGUCUCUAUCAACUUCUCACACAAAAUCACAAGAAAAGCAUCAAGAAAUAAGCUUGCCGAACAAUAUCAAAUAUCACUGCUGGGAAUAGAAGUCAAAUUCAGGUAUAUGGAUUCUCUCGCAUAUCCUCAAAAGAUUCUUAUGUGUCAUCAACUAUGAUUAUGUGACACAACGUGGCACAAAUCUCUCUUUGCUUGCAUGUAUUGUGUUCGUCAACCAUGACUGACUGGGUUCAUUGGUGGAAAUGAGGGCUUUUAUCCUCAUUUUAUUCACAAUUGAUAGGACAUUUUUUUUAAUCUUUUCCGACUAACAUCUAUCUAAUCUGAAAUCAUUUGUUACUGAAGGUAUAUAUUUGAGUUAGAAAUUUGGGCACAACUCGUUCAUCAUCAGAGGAGAGGCACAUGCACUCAUCAUAACUGUUUUCAUAUGGAACCACUCUUGUUCUGUUUUGUAAAUGGCAUUUGGGUUGUGUUCUGACCGUCUAUUUUGAUUUCCAUAAUUUCUUUGCAAUGUUUGCU